AUGGAUACUAUUGAAACUACCGACAUCCAAAAUUUUGACGACUGCAUAAUUGAGAGUGAUACUGGUGAACAAUCUUCUGAGGUUCAAGUAAGCGUUAACUUAUUCAGUCCAACCAUUAAAUCAUAUAAAUUUAAAUUGUCAAAAGAGGAAAAACUCAAUCAAGUGCGGAACAGAAUUUUAAAUGAGGAAAAGUCUAACGGUAUACGAUUUGAUUAUUUUUUGAGCAAAAAAAACGAACCAAUUCUUCAUGAAGAGGAAUCUAAUCUACCUUUAGAGUCAAUUUUACGAGAAUCUAUUAGUAAAAAUUAUUAUCACAUCCAAAUUGUUGAUGUUUGGACAAAAUUAAUAGAAAUGAUUGAACAAGGAUUCGUAUUUGAGGACAAUCUGGUUAAUAACGCACCAAAAGUUGCAUUUACGAUCAACAAAGAUAAAAUCAAAUCGAUAAUUUUUAAGGCCAAAGAGAAUAGCACUAUACCAGAAUUUUUUAAUUAUGAAGAAGAAAAAAUAGAAGAAUGUAAGCGAGAAUUAGAUAUUUUAUGCGCCAGAAACCUUAUUUCAUAUAAAGAUUCAACCAUUGUACCCUGGCUUUCUAUUUUUCUUGGAAAGUCAAAAGAGGCUUCUCUAGAAAAUCUUAAAAAUAAAAUGACCACAGAAAUUUUCAUUACAAAAUUCAAAAAAGCUGAAAUAUUUAUUUCAAAAGAAUAUAUUAUCUUAACAGAGGAAUUUAAAAGAAAAAUCAAAAAGACAAUAAAUUCGAAUAAAAACUAUCAUGAAAUAAUGGAUAACCUUCGAGAAAUAACAAAAGAUUAUGGCUAUUUUUAUGCGCGUCAUAUCGUUUUUGGGGGAGCUAUAAUAGAAGAAACAAAUCCUGAAAACUCAACUUAUCCGAGAAUUAUUGGUGGAGGAAAUUUUGGUAAACAACCUUCUCCAAAAGAAUUUGCGGAAUCACUCAAAGAUUUUAAAAAAUGGAGAAUAAUCGAAUAUAGUGACAUUUGUUCAAUAUUUGAUCUUUUAGAUGAUGAGUUGAGAAAAAAAGUUUUGGAUCUGUUAGGUUAUCGAAUUUUAAAAGCAGAUAUUAAAGAUAUUCCAUUAAAUCAUGAUUUCUCCGAAAAAAAAUUCUAUAUCUAUUCAUUAGCCCCACAAUUAGAGGAAUUAAGUAAAAUUACAAAUAUUCAAGAUUGUCAUAUAUUUGCUUCAAUCAUGAAUAAAGAUGAUGGUGUUUUUUCUUUACGAGUAGAAUAUAUUAAUGACGAAAGUAGCCCUGCGAUUGUAGUUCAUAACAUCACAAAUAUUCAAAAUAAAUAUCCAAUAAGAAUAGGAUGGAUUAUUGUCGGACAACCAAAUAAUUUUGAUUUUCACUUUGUUCAUACCGAAUAUCCUAUAGUACUUAAAAGUAAAAAAUGCUCUGUUUCUUAUAAAGCAGGCAAACAUUAUAGGAUAGAAAUCCCAGAUUUUGAUGGAUCCUGUAUGUUGAGUACAUGUGUACUUGAAACACCAUCUAAAACAACCCAAGCAACUUUUGUUGUUGGUUCACAUAUUAUUCCUUCCAGCCAUUUAGCAUGCAUAUUUGUCCAUGAUCUUAAAGAUAAUACAAUUAAUGAUGAUGAACUUUUCCAGAAAUUAAAGUUGUUUGUUUGCACUAUUGAUGCUAAUCAAAAAUGCAAUGGUGGUCAAUUAAAUAUUAAUUGGAUAAAGGAUAAAAAUCAUCCGAAUGUAUUUCAUAGCGGAGAAGAAAUGUCGAGCAUCUUUUCUGGAAACAAAAAAACUGAAAAAGCAGAAAAUUUAUAUAAUCAACUAAUAUUAGUGGACCAGCUUUUUGAAAAUUGUUGGAAUCAUGGUUUUAUCAAUGUUAAUUCUAAAGGAAUUAUUUUUAAAGGUUUAAAUACACCAUCUUUGGAUUCUGAAAGAAUUGGAUACUUUUUAAUUCCAAAAAUAUCCAACUAA